UGGGCUGUUAUGAGGAGUGUUCAACCGUUGGCUUCGUAAAGAACAACACUUGUUUAUUAACGGACACAUUGUACUGUGCAUAAAUGCAUGUCGACAUUUCAAGUGGACGUCGUUUGUCUCCAUUUCAUACCAUCAGAUGAAUUCCGACAAGAUUGUCACAAUUGUCUCGGUCCUACAUGCACUUAGUCUCGUGGCGUCACAGGAAGGCAACUGCACGUCAACCUGCACGGUGCUGCAGUCGUCCAAACACACCACGGUGUGUGAUGAAAUUCAUUGUUUACCAUUUCUUGACGAAGGGACGGAAAUCUUGAAUAUAGCAGAGUCAACCCUUGAGGAAAUACCUGAAAAUGCCUUUCUGGACCUUACAAAUCUGACCCAAAUCCACAUAGCUGAUUGUACAAUCGGAACCCUGAAGUCAUAUUCAUUCAAUGGAACAUAUAACCUCAUAGACGUCUUCAUUCACCAUUCUAAUAUCAGAACAGUUGAAUCCUUUGCCUUCGGAAAGAGUACCUUCGCGAAAGGAGGAAAACUCAACACUUAUCAGUUACUUGUAGGCACCAUUGAAUCUUUUGCUUUUGAUGGGAUAUCUGAUUUGGAGGGACUGACCUUCUAUGCAACGAACAUCACAACUAUAGAAUCGAAGGCUUUCCACAAGAUUUCUUCCUGUGAGUCCUUUCAAAUAUAUCAUUCAACAAUUGACAAUCUCAAGCCCUUAGCUUUGGAUGGUUUUACAGAAAUGAAAAAUGUUCGAAUCUUUUCUUGCACCAUAAUGAACCUCGAACGGGAUACCCUGGAGGCCUUUCAAUCAGAUAUGGGUUCUGACUUCAUGUUCUUCUACAUCAGCGUUUACUGUGGAUGUGACAUCUCAUGGCUCUUCACUGUCAACUUGUUCCUCCCAGAGUUCCCCCUAAACGGGAUAGGAUGUACCAGGGAUUCAGUGUUUGAGGGAGCUACCCUCGACACGUUGAACGUCACUGACAUCUGUCCGUCCGUUGCGCCUACAACUACGCCAAAAGCCAGGACGGAGACUACAGAGACCAUUACCACUUCCAACGUUGACACCAACACCAGUACUGUGACACCAAAACCAUGUACCGCGUGUAUGCUGUCAGCAUCAUUUACAUUGAUUCAGUGUGUCGUCCUUGCAUCUGUUUUGUGGCAUGCCAUUCAAUAUUGACGUAUUCUCAUUAAAUCUGUUAUUAACUUGAAGGAACGUCUUCAUCUGGUUAAUGAAAUGCAUUGAACCGUUCGUGUCUCCAGAGCGUAAAGCUGUAACAAGACAUUCGAACCCAUUUGAACCCAUUCGGUUUAUUCUGCUGUGUCAUAGCUUUAAACGAUUGUACUUCAAAUUACGAUUCUACUGGUCCUUAUAUCUAUAAUACUUUAAUAUAUACAUGUGUUAUAUGUGACACAUGUUGUGCUACCUCAAUAAUAUCCAUGUAAGGCCAGUUAAAAUAUCCUUCAUAGUCAUGAUGUAUUUCAAAACAGAGAGAGAGAGAGAGAGUGUGAGAGAGAGAGAGAGAGACAGAGAGAGAGAGAGAGAGAGAGAGAGAGAGAGAGAGAGAGAGAGAGAGGUCUUUGUCGGAAAACAGAUUCAGCAUUUUUUUACUUUGAGUCUUGCUGUAGGAUAGACAUAGCACUUUGAUGUUUAAACUAACGUUAAAACUGUUCAGCCCUUUUUUGAGUUAAGCCUGUUCAGUCCUUUUUGGGGUAUAGCGACCUCAUUAUGAGCACCAAGGUUAGGUGUGGGCUUUGUGCAUCUGAAAACAGCAAUAUCUGGUUAGUUUUGCGGGAGACGUUCUGUUCAAUGUAUCGGUAGUUGUAACACUAUUGUCGUGUGUGAACAUGCAAUUCCACUGUGGUGGAUAUCUAAUUAGAUCACAUGUUUCUUCACGGUUUCAAACCUCUGCGUCUAAUUUGAUGGCUUCCUUGAAUACUUUAAAAUGUUAUCAGAACUCAAAUGAACUGUUUGCUGACUCUUUGUAAUGGUCAUGAAAUAAAGAUCAGUU